CUUUCGAUUACUCUCCUCUGUUGAUUACCCAGCUCGAGAAAUGGCCAUGGCCUGCAAUCACAGUUAUCAUCUUCUCUCCCCAAAACUCCAAACCUCUCUCUGCAACUCUCCAAUCUUCUCUUACAGUUCACUGAAAUUCCCUCUAGGCUCUACAUCUCACAGCCCCAUACGAGUUAGUUCUCGAACUAUUGCUCCACCAACUACUAGUAGCUUCACCUGGGAAGACAUUUUUCAAAUCGCUCAAGAACAACGCGACGACUCCUCCGAUCUUCAAGGGUUUUUCGACAGAGUCGCGUACUGCAAUCGCAAUCCUGAAAAGCACUCUGAUUUUAUUCCGUUCGUUAUUGAGGACCAGAUUAUUGGCUAUGUUCACAAUGAUUUCACCAACCAUCUGAGAAGGUUCGUGGAUGUCUUUGUUUUCAUCAACGAUAAUUCUUACGGCAGCCAUUUUGGAUACCAUGUCACCCUACAUCCAAGCCUGACAACACCAGAUGAUAGGUCUAGUGCUGUUGACAAUGUAGUGAAGUGCUUAGGAGAAGAGUUAUUUCCCCGUAUACAGAAUGAGCGAUAUCCUGUCAUGUCAUCUUAUGGGACACCAGUAUUUUUCUCGCUAGAGCGUGCAGCGGCUCCUUACUUUGGUAUAAAGGUGCCAUUCGCCUUCUUUCGAUUACUCUCCUCUGUUGAUUACCCAGCUCGAGAAAUGGCCAUGGCCUGCAAUCACAGUUAUCAUCUUCUCUCCCCAAAACUCCAAACCUCUCUCUGCAACUCUCCAAUCUUCUCUUACAGUUCACUGAAAUUCCCUCUAGGCUCUACAUCUCACAGCCCCAUACGAGUUAGUUCUCGAACUAUUGCUCCACCAACUACUAGUAGCUUCACCUGGGAAGACAUUUUUCAAAUCGCUCAAGAACAACGCGACGACUCCUCCGAUCUUCAAGGGUUUUUCGACAGAGUCGCGUACUGCAAUCGCAAUCCUGAAAAGCACUCUGAUUUUAUUCCGUUCGUUAUUGAGGACCAGAUUAUUGGCUAUGUUCACAAUGAUUUCACCAACCAUCUGAGAAGGUUCGUGGAUGUCUUUGUUUUCAUCAACGAUAAUUCUUACGGCAGCCAUUUUGGAUACCAUGUCACCCUACAUCCAAGCCUGACAACACCAGAUGAUAGGUCUAGUGCUGUUGACAAUGUAGUGAAGUGCUUAGGAGAAGAGUUAUUUCCCCGUAUACAGAAUGAGCAGCGAUAUCCUGUCAUGUCAUCUUAUGGGACACCAGUAUUUUUCUCGCUAGAGCGUGCAGCGGCUCCUUACUUUGGUAUAAAGGUUUAUGGAGUUCACUUGAAUGGCUAUGUUGAAAGAGAUGGGCAAAAAUAUCUGUGGAUUGCUAAGAGAAGUGAUUUGAGACCCACCUACCCAGGGAUGCUUGAUCAUAUAGCUGCCGGAGGAUUGCCUCAUGGGGUUUCCUGUGGAGAGCAUCUUGUGAAGGAAUCUGAAGAGGAGGCAGGGAUACCAAGUUCCAUUGCCAAUAAAGCAAUACCAGUGGGUGCUAUCUCCUACACAGACAUUAAUGGAUAUAUAUACAAGAGGGAUGUUGUAUUUUGCUACGAUUUAAAGCUUCCUGAAGGUUUUACUCCUAAGAAUCAGGAUGGAGAAGCAGAGAGCUUCAAAUUGAUCCCUGCAACACUUGCUGCAAACAUAGUUAGAAGGGGACAGAUAUUUAAAGCAAAUUGCAAUCUUUCCAUGAUUGAUUUCCUGGUUCAACAUGGGUACAUCAAGCCAGAAGAUUUUGGAUACUUGAAGCUAGUGCAAAGUUUGAGGAGCGGAGAUUGCUCCUGA